GCUUGGGCUGCCAGUGCCAGCGGGGCUGUUUGGUCCCCUGCGCUGUGUGAGCGCGACCGUACCCCGGCAGGGAAAGAUGGCCUGCGCUGUCCAAAAGCGAAGAAUCCAACUAACUGGAUUUAAGAAACAAGAAAAGGAGGCUAUAGUUGAAUUACUACUUACACUGGACUGUGUUUUUAUUGAUACUGAGCAAUACAGAAAUUGCACACAUCUUAUAGCAAAACAGCUUUCCAAGAGUGAAAAGUUCUUAGCAGCUUGUGCAGCAGGAAAGUGGAUACUAACUAAGGACUACAUAAUUAAUAGUGCUGAAAGUGGCAGAUGGCUUGAUGAAACAACUUACGAAUGGGGAUAUAAAAUUGAAAAAGACUCCCAUUAUUCACCUCAAAUGCAAUCUGCACCUAAAAGAUGGCGCAAAGAACUGACAUGCUCUGGUGCUUUAGGGGCCUUCCACAGAUGGAAAGUUAUCCUCCUUGUGAAAGAAGGUGAUAAACGAAGGGAUUCUAUCACAAGAGUUCUAGAAGCUGGAAAGGCAAUUAUAUAUCCACCACAAAAGGAAGUGAGAGCUGUUACUCAUGUAUUCACUGAUAAUAAAAGUGUCACCAUAGAGAGAGAGAAACAUCUCUUUGAGGCUCCAUAUUAUCCUGUGCAAUAUAUAGGGGAUUAUCUUUUUGAGAAUGAAAUACAAAAUAUUCCUGAAGAUAACCAAAUGAACCAUCUUUUAGCCGAACAAGAAGCCAGAGAUACAAUGUCUGACAUGCAACUUGUUGCAAUGAAAAAUGCAUUAAUAAACCAUAUGUAUUUUACUCAGAAUGUGAAACAGAAGUCUAUUCAAAUAGACCAACUGAGUGGAUGUGGCACAGAGGUUAAAAAUAUUGACCUCUCCAGAGGUAUAUUGUGUAUACUUGAAGGACUAGUAGAAGGACAUUUCUUUACUGAUGUAAUCACAGAACUUGCUGCUACUCAAAAAUACUUCAUCCCUCCUGUGCAGCUUCUUCAUUCUCUUCUAGAGCAUAUGCUACAGGGAAAUACAGACGCAGUAUUCUCUGCUAAAUUUUUUCACAUCUUGUAUAUUCUUCUUCAACUUGAUCCUCCUUGGAAGUCUCCUUCCAUGUUAAGAUAUUAUCUGGAAUUUCUUCAGUGUCCUAUUUGCAUGAGAGGAACAUGGUCUCUGCUAGAGAUGCUUGUGAGAUCUUGCCUUUACUGCAAAAGCUUUUGUCAUGCAGUCUCUGUUUCAGAAAAAAUAAGUGAACAGAGGGUGGUUCACAAAACAUUACUCAAGUUUUUCUUUAAUUUAGUGAAAGCUGAAGUACAGGCUUUAACCAGAAGAUUAUGUAAAGGGGCCAAUUCACAGCUUCUGCAAGUUAUGCCACAGACAGUUCUUCUGAAGACCUUUUGGUUGGGAAAUGAAACCUCUCUGCUUUUUACCAAACAUAUAAAUAUUCUGGUAGAUUGGGUCAUACAUUCCUAUAGAGAAAAGUUCAAAACAAAUGAUGUCUUCAAAGAUGAAGUAGCUAUACUGCUAACUGGAAUUCUUGGAACUGUAGUAGAAUAUUGGAUUCUUUCUGGCUUUAUGAUGGACAGAAACGUGUUGCAUCAAGUGGCAGAUGACCUGGCAAAUUACGUUGCCAUUUCAUGUGACGACUUUUCAACAGAGGAAUUAAAAAUGUUCAUUUGUUCCAUACCAUCUCUCUGGCUUCAAAUGUUUGUUGCAGAGGCAGUCUUUAAACAUUUAUGUUUACGGAGGAACAUUACUAUUUCUGCCGAACCUCUUUCUCUUCACAAAAUAGUUUGUUCCUAUUUGCCUGCUUUAGGAGAAGUAGGUAUGCAUGAGACUGGGAAAGUGCAGAAAGUGAAGAAAAAGAAAAUAGGGCAGUGGCCUUGCCCUGAGUCUCAAAGGGCAUUACUGAUGCUAAAUGGUGAUAAGCAGAACCAAGCCAAACAGCUGCCUGAUCUACCUGAACUGAUCUUCAGUAAAUUCCCUCCAUUAUCAAAGAAGUUAAGGAUGAAAGCAGAAGUUGAGGUGUCAAACACCAAAGAGAAUCGUCAUCCUUUGGAUGAAGAGAUGCACUUUUAUAAGACUAAUAUUAAAGGAGAGACAGCCCUGCAUAUAGCUUGCAUAAGAAACAAAGUGGAGAGAUUGAUUCAGCUUCUCCCUUUCCCUGGAACAGACAUUAAUGUUAAAGACUAUGCUGGCUGGACGCCAUUGCAUGAAGCCUGUAACCAUGGUAGCACAGUGUGUGUCCGUGAAAUUUUGCAACGUUGUCCAGAGGUAGACCUGCUCAGUCAAGUGGACGGGGUGACUCCUUUGCAUGAUGCACUGUCAAACGGACAUGUAGAAAUUGGCAAACUGCUACUUCAGCAUGGGGGACCACUGCUCCUACAGCAGAGGGACUUUUAUGGAAAAUUGCCACUGGAUUAUGUGGAGUCCCUACCAGUGAAACAAGAACUUUUGGAUAUUGUCCACCCAGAAGAGACUGUCAAGAACUUCUGUGAACGUGUGGAAAAAGAUUUCCACAGCCAGCAAAGAGAACUUUGGUUAAUUUUAUUUAGUAAGAUGUUGCUAAAUUUUUGUUCAGUUUAUAACUUAUCUUCACCCUCUCCUUUACCUUUUAAAGCCCACUUAAAUUCACUUCCAUUAGUGGCUAUUAAUGGCUGUAAGUUGAAAAGUAGGUCUCUUACUGAUUGGUUAGUAGAUCUUUAUGUUGGAGAGCUACACACUUCCCAGAAACUUCCAGAGUUUAUUCAGGAAAUAUCUGAGAACCUAAAAAAAUCUUUUGGAGAACAGGUAUAUCCCUUAUUGGCAACACUAGAAACUAUUGCAAUGGCAACUCCAGUGUCUACUUUUCAUCUUUCUAACAAUUACGAUUAA